AUGUAGGAAAUCAAUACAUCUAAAAGGAAAUUAAUUGCUGAAGGGUAUUCAGGCAAGAUUUAUCUGACGCAUAUUAACUCAGAUAAUGGGAAAAAGAUGAAAGCGAUUAUAAAAAAGUUCAAUUUAAAAUGUCAAAAACAUUAUCAAAUAGAAAAGGAUAUUUUUCAAGAAAUAAAUCCCCAUAUUUUAUUCCCUUAAGUCUACUUUACAGAUGAUUAACAGUAUGAAAUUUGCAUGGAAUAUUGUAAGGGAGGAACAUUAUUUGAUUUAUUAAUUAAAUGUGGACGAUUUGAAGAAGAACUAGCCUUUAGAUAUUUCAAGUAGAUCUUGGAAGCCCUCAGACAUUUAAAAAAACACAGCAUUUGCCAUAGAGACAUUAAAUUGGAAAAUAUUCUUAUUUUGAGAGAUGACAGAAGAUAUCUUAAAAUUGUCGAUCUUAGCUUCUGUGCAAAGAUACUAAAAGCUGAAACUAAAUAAGAUAGAAGAUGCUUUCAUGAUAAUGUGGGUACUGAAGGCUACUAAUGUCCAGAAAUGCUCUUAGAUCAGCCUUAUAGUGGAUAUGAAGCUGAUAUGUUUAGUUUAGGAGUACUCCUUUUUGAAAUGAUUCAUGGGAAACCUCCUUUCUUUUGUGCCUCUAAGAAGUCAUGUGAAUUUUAUACUCUUUUUUGUGAUAAUCGAAAAUAAUAUUGGGAAUUAUUUGAGAGCUUGGCACCGAAUAAGUCGCCAGAACUAAUUUAGCUUCUUGAAUAACUACUUGAGUUUAAUCCUGAUAAAAGAAUAGCAAUGGGGAAGGUUUUUAAAUAGUAGUGGUUCAUAAAUAUGUCAAAAAAAUAGAAAAAUGAUGACAAAUAUAAAUUGGAUGAAACACAAAUCGAUUUUGGGAAAUAUAAAUAACUUAGUUCAGUGUACAACAAAUCAAAUUUUUUGACAUUUUUAAGCAGAGUAUUCUAGAAUAAUACUUUGAAUGACAGCUUAUUAAAAAUAAAAGCAUAGUAGAAACAAGAAAGUAAUUAAAAGAGCAACAAUAAAAUAGAAGGGAAUAAUAAUCAUAUAGAUUAAGUAUUUAAUAAUUAAAAUUAGUAGAAUAAUCUAUAUAGAGAAAACAGAUACGAAACAACUUAAAUAAAUCAUGAUUUGUAAUAUUAAGGUUUAAAUCAAACUUUUAACACAUUAUAAAACAAACAUUUUUUAAGACACUAAGGUUAAAAUAAUUUUAUGGCAUAAAACCCAACAAACAACCAAGAAAGCUUAAAAACUAAUUCACUGUCUCCUGAUAAAUUCCAUAACGUCAAAUAGAACCUGAUUGGCAACAUCUUAAAGACUAAAGUUUUAUACUAUGAGGAAGAAUAGAAAAGUGAUUCUGAUGAUUAGGAUAAUAAUAAAUAUUAAUAAGAAAGACUGAACACUGAUUAGGGUGAGUAAAGAGCUCAAAAUAUAUUUUAGCUAAUCAGACAAAAUUGCAAGGAUGAUAUAUUUUUGAGAAUGAGCUAUAUUUAAAUAUUCUCUAAACCUGUUGAUAUUCAGUAAAUAAAAAAAAAAUAUACUAAGACGCCUUCCAUCCCUUCCUAUCUUGGCAGAAUUCUAAUGAAUAAUAACUUUGCAGAAAUAGCAGGUUUCAAAUUGUGA